UUAAUCGUCAUCUUCAGGAAGGAGAGAGAAAGAGAGUAGAUUUAGAGAAAGAGAGACUUUUCAAUCAGAUCUAGAGAGAGAGAGAGAGCGUACUAAGAGAAUGGCGUCCUUCGACUCGUUCAGCAACGACGGAGAAGACCAGACCCACCAACAGCCACCCACCACAGCCGGACCCUUUGAUGACGACAGCUACAUGAGCUACGACUCUUCGUAUAACCCACCUAACGACGAGUUUCCCCACACCGACCCACUUCCGCAUGACGACAUCGUCUCCGACCACGGCUACGGCUUCGGGAUGCCUUCCCCCAACCCCGACUUCUCAUCGCCCUUCGAAUCGGCGAUGCCCGUGUCCAAUGGCAACGGCGACGAUCAUGACGACAUUUUCGCUCCCGACGACGGCCCCGUGCUGCCUCCUCCGGAAGAGAUGAACGAGGAAGGCUUCGCUCGCCGCGAGUGGCGCCGUCUAAAUGCCAUCCAUCUGGAGGAAAAGGAGAAAAGAGAGAAGGAAAUGAGGAAUCAGAUCAUUGAGGAAGCUGAGGAGUAUAAACGAUCUUUUUAUGAGAAAAGAAAGAGCACUUGUGAAACUAACAAGGCUAACAACAGAGAAAGAGAGAAGCUGUACUUAGCAAACCAAGAAAAGUUCCACAAAGAAGCUGACAAACAUUACUGGAAAGCAAUAGCAGAAAUCAUUCCCCGGGAAGUACCUAAUAUCGAGAAGAAGAGAGGGAAGAAGGAUGCUGAUAAGAAACCUUCAGUGGUGGUUGUUCAAGGGCCUAAACCUGGGAAGCCCACUGAUCUUUCGAGGAUGCGCAAUAUUCUCUUAAAGCUGAAACAGAAGCCACCACCUCACAUGAUGCCUCCUCCACCUGCACCUGCACCUGCCAAAGACGGAAAAGAUGGCAAGGAAGGGAAGGAUGCCAAAAAUGGGAAAACUGCUGAACCAACUGCUGCUGGGUCUACUUCAGAGAAAAUUUCUUCAGCAACUAAAGAUAUUGCUGCUAAUGGUACGCCAGACACAUCAAAACCAGAAGCUUCUCCUGCCCCAGAUGAGAGUGAGAAAGCUGCAGUAACGGAGCCAGUCACUGCUGAGUGAUGAGACCACAUCUUUUGUUUUGUUUUUUUGUUUUUUGUUUUUUGUUUUUUGUUUUUCGUCUAUUUGUUAUUAUUAUAUUAUUAGUAUUAUUACGUGUCUCCCGAUGAUCAUUUUGAAUUAACGAUAUCCUCUGCUUACAAUUCAUUUAGAAGAAUAAGCACAGUCAACCUGUAGAUUGCUCUGGAGUCUACGGAAUGGCUGUGCAUACCUUUCUUCCUAA